UCUCGGAGCGCGCGCGGGAGCGAGCUUUGAAAGUUGAGCACGGCGGUGGCAAGCUGGUUCCUCAGGGAUCAUGGUGGCGCUGCGAGGCCUUGGGAGCGGCCUGCAGCCUUGGUGCCCGCUGGAUCUCAGCUCCGAAUGGGUGGACACAGUGUGGGAACUGGACUUUACAGAGACUGAGCCUUUGGAUUCCAGCACAGAAGCCCAGAUUAUAGAGACUGGAUUGAGUGCCUUUACAAAACUGUAUGAAAGUCUUCUCCCCUUUGCCACUGAAGAAUGUGGAUGUUCAGAGAGUAUUUGGACUUUCUUCAUUGAGAACAGUAUUUCCCAUAGCACGCUGGUAGCAUUAUUCUAUCACUUUGUUCAAAUAGUACAUAAGAGAAACGUCAGUGUGCGAUAUCGAGAGUAUGGACUUCAUGCUGCUGGACUUUACUUUUUGCUUCUAGAAAUACCAGGCAGUGUAGCCAAUCAGGUGUUCCACCCAGUCAUGUUUGACAAGUGCAUUCAGAUUCUAAAGAAGAGCUGGCCUCAGGAAUCUAACUUGAAUCGGAAAAGAAAGAAAGAAGAAGCACCGAACUCGCAGGUUAAUUCAAGGCGAAACAGAAAGAGAGGAAAGCCACGCAGGAAAGAUGAUGCUGAGAUGGAUGAAAUUAUAGAAGAAGAAGAAGAAGAAGGUGAUGAAGAGAAUAUUUAUUUUUCUGCCCAAGACGUUUCUCGAAUUCGAAAUGCUAUCUUUAACCUUCUGAAGAAUUUUUUAAGGCUUCUACCCAAAUUUUCCCUCAAAGAAAAGCCACAGUGUAUUCGGACUUGUAUCGAGGUCUUUGUUGCUUUAACUAAUUUUGAGCCAGUUCUUCGUGAAUGUCAUGUUGCACAAGCCAGAAACCUUAGCCAAGCAAAAUACAUACCAGAACUGGCCUACUGUGGAUUAUAUUUGCUGUGCUCCCCAAUUCAUGGAGAAGGAGAUAAGGUUAUUGGUUGUAUUUUUCAUCAAAUGCUAAAUGUAUUAUUGAUGUUAGAAGUAGGUGAAGGAUCCCAUCGUGCCCCUCUUACUAUUACUUCACAAGUCGUCAGUCAUAAGAACCAGGCAGUCCAGUUCAUCAGCUCACUUGUGGAUGAACUAAAAGAGAGUAUAUUUCCAGUUCUUCGUAUUCUGCUGCAGCACAUCUGUGCCAAGGUGACAGAUAGAGCAGAAUAUCGGACCUCUGCAGCUCAGUCCCUUGUCCACCUGCUCAGUAAACUUCCUUGUGGGGAAUAUGCUACAUUCAUCUCAUGGCUUUACAAAUACUCACGAAGUUCCAAGAUUGCCCACCGGGUUUUUACUCUCGAUGUUGUCUUAGCUCUCUUAGAGCUUCCUGAAAGAGAGGUGGAUGACACUCUCUCCUUGGAGCACCAAAAGUUCCUAAGGCACAAAUUCUUGGUGCAGGAGAUUAUGUUUGAUCGUUGUUUGGAUAAGGCACCUACUGUGCGCAGCAAAGCACUGUCAAGCUUUGCACGUUGUCUGGAGCUGUCUGUUCACAGCACAUCAGAGAGUAUAUUGGAGCUGCUCAUUAACAGUCCUACAGUUUCAGAAAUAGGGAUUCAUCCUGGUACUUUAUCAAGAGCUUCAUCAGCAUUUUCCUCUCAGAAGCAAACACUUAACCCUUCUGAACCAGCAAAGGAGAUCAAUACAGACAGCAGUGGUCAUAUAGUUGGGUCUAGAGAAAGAUGUGUCAUGGCAAUGCUGAGAAAGAGAACCCGGGACGAAAAGACCAACGUCAGGAAGUCUGCACUUCAGGUGUUAGUGAGUAUUUUGAAACACUGUGAUAUCUUGGGUAUGGAGGAAGACCUGACAAUUCUGCAGGACCACUGUCGGGAUCCUGCUGUAUCUGUCCGGAAGCAGGCUCUGCAAUCUCUUACUGAACUUCUUAUGGCCCAGCCCAGAUGUCUGCCAAUUCAAAAAGCCUGGCUGGCAGGGGUCAUCCCUGUGGUGAUGGACUGCGAGAGCACGGUGCAGGAGAAGGCACUGGAGUGCUUGGACCAGCUCUUGUUGCAGAACAUUAAGCAUCACAGUAAAUUUCAUGGAGGGGAUGACAGCCAGGUGCUUGCUUGGGCUCUCCUUGCCCUCCUCACUACAGAAAGCCAGGAACUGAGCCGCUAUUUAAAUAAAGCUUUUCAUAUCUGGUCCAAGAAAGAUAAAUUCUCGUCCACUUUUAUAAACAAUAUGAUCUCUCACACUGGCACGGAACAUUCUGCACCCGCCUGGAUGCUGCUGUCCAAGAUCGCUGGCUCAUCACCCAUGCUGGACUACACCCAAAUCUUGCAGUCCUGGGAGAAAAUCAGCAGUCAGCAGAAUCCCAAUUCAAACACCUUAGGACAUAUACUGUGUGUUAUUGGGCAUAUUGCAAAGCAUCUUCCUGAGAGCACCCGGGCCAGGGUGACAGAUGUUGUCAAGUGUAAGCUGAAUCGAUUUCAGUGGUCUCUUGGGUUGAUCAGUUCAGCUGUUGAUACUUUGCAAAGUCUUUGUAGAGCAUCUGCAAAAACACCAAUGGAAGAGCAGGAACUACUGAAGCAGGUUUGUGGGGAUGUGCUGUCUACCUGUGAGCACCACCUUUCCAACAUCGUUCUGAAGGAGGACAGGGCAGGGAAUAUGGAUGAAGACCUGUUGGUGAAGUACAUUUUUACCUUGGGAGAUAUCGCCCAGCUAUGUCCAGCCAAAGUGGAGAAGCGAGUCUUCCUCCUGAUUCAGUCCAUUCUGGCUUCUUCUGCUGACUCAGAUCACUUGCUGCCAUCUCAGGGUUCUGGAGAUGCUCCAGCCGCCCAACUGCCCUCCCAGAUCAGAGACUCUGUCAUGCCUUCUGUGAUCCGUGCACACGCCAUCAUCACCUUAGGUAAGCUGUGCUUACAGAAUGAGGACCUUGCAAAGAAGAGCAUCCCGGCCCUGGUGAGAGAGCUCGAGGUGUGUGAGGAUGUGGCAGUCCGCAACAACGUCAUCAUUGUGCUGUGCGAUCUUUGCAUCCGGUACACUGUCAUGGUGGACAAGUACAUUCCCCACGUCUCCAUGUGCCUCAAGGACUCUGACCCCUUCAUCCGAAAGCAGACACUUAUCUUGCUUACCAACCUUUUGCAAGAAGAAUUUGUGAAAUGGAAGGGCUCUCUGUUCUUUCGAUUUGUCAGCACACUGAUAGAUUCACACCCAGAUAUUGCCAGCUUUGGGGAGUUUUGCCUGGCUCACCUAUUACUGAAGAGGAACCCUGUCAUGUUCUUCCAGCACUUCAUCGAGUGCAUUUUCCACUUCAACAACUACGAGAAGCACGAGAAGUAUAACAAGUUCCCCCAGUCAGAGAGAGAGAAGCAGCUGUUUUCACUGAAGGGAAAGACAAACAAAGAAAGCCGAAUGAAAAUCUACAAGUUUCUUCUGGAGCACUUCACAGAUGAGCAGCGGUUUAAUAUCACUUCCAAAAUCUGCCUUAGCAUUUUGGCCUGCUUCGCUGAUGGUGCCCUACCUCUGGACAUGGAAGCCAGCGAGUUACUGUCCGAUACCUUUGAAGUCCUCAGCUCAAAAGAGAUCAAGCUUUUGGCGAUGAGAGCUAAGCCAGACAAGGACCUCCUGCUCCUCGAGGAAGACGAAGUGGCCUUGGCCAACGUCGUCAUGCAGGAAGCGCAGAAACAGCUCAUCUCUCAGGUCCAGAAGAGGAACUUCAUAGAAAAUAUCAUCCCCAUUAUCGUUUCCCUGAAGACUGUGCUGGAGAAAAACAAGAUGCCAGCUCUUCGGGAGCUCAUGUACUAUCUGAGGGAGGUGAUGCAGGAUUACCGAGAUGAAGUCAAGGAUUUCUUUGCAGUUGACAAACAGCUGGCCUCAGAACUCGAGUAUGACAUGAAGAAGUACAAUGAACAGCUGGCCCAGGAGCAAGAGCUGGCCAAACAGGCAGAAGCGAACAGGAGGGCUAACAGUGACACCGGGGCACAAGCCACUCUGGUUGCCCCAGGCUUAGAAGCAGUGCCAGCUGCUGUCGGCCAGAAACAUGCCACUGUGUCUCCGACCCCAAGCUGGCCUUCCGCAGCUGGGUCCAGCGCUGACUACAGACUGGAAACUGGGCCUCCGCAGAUAUUAAUGCCCAAGGCCAAGCCCAUGUCCCUGAGCACCAUUGCAAUCCUGAAUUCUGUGAAGAAAGCUGUGGAGUCCAAGAAGAGGCACCGCAGUGGAAGUGUGGGAGUACUGCCUUUCUCUCUAAAUUCUGCAAGCCCAGAGAAACUGAACACCCAUGCAUCUUCCUGCAGCUUAGAGCGAGAGAUUAAUGGAUCGAUGGACUGGAUAAGCAGAAGAGCAAUCAGCACUCCUGACAAGUCCAUUGAUGAAGUCACAUUUGGAGCAGGCGUCAGUUACAUAGAGACAUCACAGACUCCUCUUUCCGCCAAAGACAAAACUGAAGCCCCGAGGCAAGGAAAUGACAUUUUAUGUUUAUCACUGCCUGAUAAACCGCCUGCACAGCCUCAGCAGUGGAAUGUGACCUCACCCGCCAGGAAUAAAGGCAACCCAGCCCCCAGCAGGAGGUCCCUCCGCAAGGCCCCCCUGAAAACAGCCAACUGAAGCUGGAUCCGACUGAGGCCUGAAGGCCAGGCCUGGAGGACGGUCUUGCAUGCUGCGUGCAGACAGGCAGGGAGGGGACUGGACAUGUGCCUCCCUCGUGCCCCUCACUGUAAUAGCAGAGCCUCCACAAGAACUAGCGCUACUGCUUGCCUCUGGCUGGCUGGCCAACCUUUUAUAUUUCUUUUUAUAAAACUUGGGGUUAAAACAUUAUGAAGUAACAGAAAUGCCAGAUUAAUAUUAAACCUUAAUUCCAUUUGAGUAUCAGGUCCCUUCUGAUAUGCUUCAAAUCCAGUCUUUAAAAAACACAAAAUAUUUCAUCUUUCUUUUAUAUAAAUCAAGCUUCUAUUAGCUUGUCUGAAUUCCUUAUAGUACAUAUUUUCCCAUAUCUAAUGACAAAAUUUUGACUGUAAUAUUUUUUCUAUGUAUAGUUGCAGAUUUUCAAAAUAGUGUACAGCUUUCUAAAAUUAAGUAAUAAAGGCUAAGCAUAAAUAAAGGCUCUUAGCAUUCCACAGAAUUUGCUGUUAAGACAGGGCUAUUAUUGUAGUCAUUGAAACUUUACAUAAAAUAUUUAAGAGUGAAACCAAAUCUUUGCCUCAGGGAAAAGGUAAUUCUGGUUGUCCCUAAGGUCUGGCUCACCUGCCCUGCCCUGUGUUCCCACGUGGAAGCUGUCCAAGCUGUUAGUACAGGGCUCCCUCACUGGCUAGUGCGGGGCCUCACCUGCUCUCAGUGUGGAGAUCAGGCUGGAGAGAAAAUAUCUGACAAAGAUCACGCCAGUCCCCUAACAAAGGAGGAAAAAUGAAAAGGGUUUCAGUUUGAGAAACGAGGGGGCACAGGUGGGAAAAGGUGGGUCACACUGGCCAGUUCAGUGAAGAAUGGGACCAGUUUUGCUGGGCCAUGGUGGACGCGAGUCUGAUAGCAUGGGUCCUGCUUACGAAAACUCAGCUUUGUGCCCUUACGCAGAAUGGCAAUGAUACCAGUUCAUAGGUCCUCUGCAUAUCUCCACUGGCACCUUCAGGCUGGCCCCAACUCCCUGCCUUGGUGACCCUCCAACCUCAGCCUGAGUCCUGAAGAGCUGCGACUACAGGCUCACACCACCCGGCCUGGCUGGGUUUGGUCUGGUCUGGUCUGGCUUAGCAAGAGUACAAAGUUAACUCUUUGGUUUUUUCUUUCUAAAGUUACUGAAAACUUUGUUACAGGUCCUAUUAGUUUCAUAAAUAAUGGGUUUCAAUGAGGUGUUUACUUUUGCUUGGUUUUUAUGAGUCUUUUUCAUGUAGUCCAAGUUAGCCUUAAACUUCCUGUGUAGUCCAGGUUAGCCUCAAAUUCUGCCCUCUUCCCACAACCUGUGUACUGGAAUUACAGAUGUACACCACUCAC